AUGAGCAUUGUAACAAAAGCAGUGAGGCUAAAUAAGAAAUUAUUAUUCUAUAGAGCAAAUAGAUUAUAUACAACACAACAAGUUACAAGACAAAAGAAGAAAUAUUUGUAUUUAGGAGGUACAACAGCAGCUGUAUGUUCAGUUGCAGGGUUUCAAUGGUAUGAAUCUGACUAUCAACAUCGAGUACGACAUUUUGCUAUAGCCAUGCAACGCAUCAGUAUAGCGACUAAAGUGGGUAUUAACGUUGCUCUCGACUAUAAAAGGACACAAAUGAAAAAAUAUGAAACAGAAGAAAAACGACUAGAAGCUAGGCAACAAUGUCAUCAACGAUGUGCAGAACGAGUUUUAGAUGGAUUGCAAAGACUUGGAGGCAUUUAUGUUAAGCUUGGCCAACAUGUUUCGGCCAUGACAUAUAUUCUACCUUUAGAAUGGACAACAACCUUAGCAGUACUACAGGAUCGAUGUGACCCAUCCUCUGCGGAAGACAUUCGUCAACUCUUUUUGUCAGAUUAUGGACAACCCUUAGAUGAAGUAUUUGAUGAAUUUGAUUGGACGCCUCUUGGUGUAGCAUCCCUAGCACAGGUUCAUAAAGCCCGGCUACGGCAGAAGCAUGAAUGGGUAGCUGUCAAAUUUCAACAUCCGCGUCUCGAUGAAUUCUCCCAAAUUGAUCUCACUACUGUGACAUUCUUAGUGGAUACCAUAAAACGUAUAUUCCCCGACUUUGGUUUUGAAUGGAUCUUACAGGAAAUGAAGGAAUCAUUACCUCAAGAGAUGAAUUUUGAACAUGAAGCAGACAAUAGUUACCGAGUAAAAAAAAAUUUUGAAUAUGAAAGGAAACAUCAUACUACAGCAUUAGUUGUGCCUGAUAUUGUUUGGGCCAAAAGAAGAAUUCUUUGUAUGGAAUUUAUUGAAGGAGCCCGUAUAGAUAAUAUGGAAUAUAUGAAGACGCAUGGUAUUGAUCCAUCACAAGUAUCGACGGAGAUAACACAGGUGUUUUCUAAAAUGAUGUUCCUUGAUGGGUUUGUACAUUGUGAUCCACAUCCAGGCAAUAUACUGAUUCGACCUGCUAAGGAUCCUAAAUCGAAAUUUAAAUUUGACCUUGUUCUAUUAGAUCAUGGUCUCUAUCGUACAUUAACUGAUGAGCUUCGUACAGACUAUGCACAUUUAUGGACAUCUUUGAUUCGUGGAGAUGAAGAGGGUAUUCGUAAAUACUCAUUACGUGUUGGUUGUCGUCCUGAAUCUCAUCGUUUAUUUGCAUCUCUUUUGACUGGACGUGAAUGGUCUACGAUCGAAGCAGCUGAUCUCUCUUCAGAUCGUACAAUUACUGAGGUCAAGCGUGUCUCUGGACGUGCAAAGAAUUUUGUUACACGUAUUUAUGAUAUUCUAGAAACAUUACCGCGGAUUGUAUUAUUAUUGUUAAAGACAUGUGAUCUCUUGAGAGGACUUGAUGAGACAUUAAGGCAGUCUGGAGAUAAAUAUAUGACCUAUGCUUUGAUGGGUAAAUUUUGUGCAGAAGCUGUUUGGUUAGAUGCUAAAUCACACCUCUUGAGCCGUAUACGAGAAUCAAGCCAGUUUAUGAAUAGCCUACAAUUAAUUAAAAGUUUAAUCGUAUCUUGGUGGGAAUAUCAAAGCCUAGAAUAUGGUUUAUGGUUCUAUCGAUUACAAGCAAAUGCUCGUACUCAAUGGUCUUUGAUAUGGCAUCGUAGUAUAUUUGAAGAAGAAAAACGAAAAUAUAAGCAUAAGCCAACAGAUAUUGCAGCCUUGAUAGCGCCUUUAAAAUAA